UUUCUAUAGCAUCUAUGGUCUUAUCAGCUGUUCUUACAUAAUCAGAGUGGAAUUGUUCUUCAUUAGUAAUAGAAUUUGAUAUUGUAAAAAGAUACAGGAUAAUAAGUAAAAUAAAUAAUAUGGCAAAUAAAGUUAAGGUGGGAAUAAUAAGUGGCUCAGGUCUAGGUGAUUCUUUGCACAAAAUAUUCAAUUGUAGCAACACCACUUGUUGUGAAAAUGCAAAAAAUGAAUUUGGAUAUCCGUCUAGUGAUCUUUAUCAUGGAUCCAUCAAUGGAAUAAGCAUAGUAUUAAUAUCAAGACACGGAAUAGGGCAUAAAAUAAGUCCUACUGCAGUUAAUUAUCGUGCUAAUAUAGAAGCAUUGCGGCUUGUUGGAUGUACCCACCUAUUGGCAUCAACUGCAUGUGGAUCAUUGACAGAAUCAAUUGGCAGAGGACAAUUAGUUAUACCUGAUAGCUUUUUAGACAGGACCAAUGCUAGAAAAAGAACAUUCUAUGAUGGGACAUCUGAUAAGUAUAGUGGAGUAUGUCAUAUGCCAAUGGAACCUGCAUUUGAUCCUCGAACGUCAGACAUCUUGUUCCAAGCAGCACAGAAAUUGGGACAUAAUAUAAAGAAGGGUGGGACAAUAGUUACUAUUGAAGGACCAAGAUUCUCCUCUAAAGCAGAGAGUAAUGCUCUACGUCUUUGGGGUGGACAUUUAGUUAACAUGACUACCUGUCCAGAGGUAUACUUAGCGAAAGAAGCAGGUCUUUUAUAUGCAUCUGUAGCAAUGGCGACUGAUUAUGACUGUUGGAGAGAUUGCGAAAAUAAUGUUAAUGCAGCUGAUGUUAUAGCUAUAUUUAAACAAAAUGUUAACAAAAUAACAGACGUAUUACUGGAGGCAGUGAAAAUGAUUGGUUCUACAAAUUGGGAGCAAGAUAUACGUGAAUUGAAGGAUAUAAUCGAGAGCAGUAAUGUAUCCGCGAAAAACUAAAGUUUUUACUUGCAAAAUAGAAUGAAGAAAUCAUGUAUAUGCAUGCGUAAUAUUUUUAUAUCAUUUACAGAAGAAAUUUUAUACAAAGAAUUUUAUGUGAAAAAUUUAUUUCACAUUUAAACAAUAUAAUCUUGAAAUUAAAUCUAUAAAAAAUUGUAUUCACAAUUAUUAUAUAUGCUUACAUAUUUUUAUUAUACUUUACCUGUUACAUUCCAGAUUAUUUCAUUUAUAUGCUUUGAUGUACCCUUUAAUGUAGGCUUUAUUGUUUGUUUCAACCUUUUAAUACAUUGAUUACCACACUGAAA